AGUACCUAUCUCAUGUCAAAACAAUCAUGAUACAGAUCUUUCAACAGUGACAACUUAGUUUGUGUCACGUAUUUCAAAAUUUAAAAAGUAAAAAUAUCCUGUCAUAUUUGACAAAAUGUAUAUUCUCAAUGAAAAAAUAUCAUCUUUUUAAUCAAUCAUCAAUUAUAUUAUAUUUUAUUGUAAUCAAAUAAUUUUAUUUGAGUGAAAUCAAUAAAUCAUGAUGUCUCAGACUGAGAUUCCCAAGAAACGAGCCUUGCCAAGGUUGAUGGCAUGUAUGACCAAAAACAGUUUGGACAAUUUUCGUAGCAAAGCUCUGUUCUCUUUAGCCAUUCUCGAUUCCAACGGCAUACGAAGGCGAAAAUUUCCUUUAUACGAGUGCCUGAUUUUGGAACUCAAAGAAGCUGGUUAUUCAGAUUCUUCGGGAUAUCUGCAAGACUUGAUCUACGAUAACAAACAGCUGGUCAGCCAGGACGAUAUAGGAAUUGUAGUGGACCUCAGGAAAAGAGACGAUUAUCUUGAACAUAUAUGUGAUAUUCUGCAAAAGGCUGAAAAACAACGCGAUAGGGGUAAUAUAAAGCAGGAGUGCGAACACAUACUCGGCCUUGCAAUGUUCUAUGCUGAAAAGGAAAAGGGUAUCUUGUGGCUUGCUGAAAAAUUCUAUCAAUUAGCUAUUGCUGUAUCCAGCAAGUAUCUCGUCGAUGGCGGUCGACUGAAAGCUGUCUGCAAAUAUCACUACGGAAAGUUUCUGUUGGAUAAAUUUCCUGGAGCAGAUCCUGAGGAACCAUUUAUGUUGCUGACAGAAGUUCGAGAUUCUGCCAUCGGAAAGAAUUGGCUCUUGUACGAACCGAAAGAGGAAGGAGAAGAGGCUCCUCCAGAUACAGUGUUUGGGUCUACUGCCCUUCAGUUGCAUAGAGUACUUCUCAACAAAGCAAGAGCGGUGAGGAAGGAGGACACUCCUAAAGCAGAAAGGUUGGCACGCUUGGCUGAGAGGAGAGCUAAAGAUGCUGGGGAGACUGGCAAAACAGCAGAAGCGAUAAUUGAGAUUGGCAUUUGUCAGCUCAUGAUGAACAAUUUGAACAACGCUCAGAAAACUUUUGAGAGGGCGUUCAAAAUACAUGAGCGGAGCCAAAACGUAGAAGGGCUUUGCGAAGCUAGAAUGCACCUGGCUGCAGUUAUGCAACGAUUGGGUGAACAUGAAGCUGCGGCCAAGUUGCUAACAGAGAUGGGAGCCAUUGCCAUGGAACAUGGCUUGAGGCGUCAGCUUGGACGGGCCCUGCACUUACUUGGCGAGCUACAUCUGAGGAGAGAGCGCCCGGAGUUGGGCACGCAACACUUGGCUGAGGCGUUUCUUUGCUUCAUGGGAUUUAGGUUUCAGGCAAUGCAAAGUGAAGACAUAAUAGGUUUAGAUGAGGUUCAGGAUGAAGACCUUGAUGCUAUAUACGUGGGUGAAACGAAAGAAAUGUACGAAGAGGAAGCUGAACAAGCAAGACUUAUGUGUGCCAUUUCUGCAGGUCAAGAACUAAUGGCUUCCUACUUCAAUUUGCUGAGGGAAGCCGGAGACUGUGCGGUGGCUAAAAUGAAAACGAUUGAAUGGAAACUGUCGCACGCGCGCUGGUGGGUCAAGCGACGUCAUCACGAUUUCCUGCCGUGUAUGUGCCCCGCACAUAAGCGGACUCCGCUAGAUGUACUGUGGAUUCAAGUGGAGUGCAAGAAGUCGCUAGUGCACGUUUCUAUGUUUGACUUCUCCAACGAAGCACUUGGUAGAACAUCCACAAUUCACGAUAUCCGUAAACUUCAUAGCAGCUACCUUCGUACCAUCGACAGCAAAGCUGCACUAGACAUACAAUAGUAGUCUGUAUUUCCUACAUACUCUUCAAAACCUUACCUUCUCACCGAUAUAUUGAUUUUUAUAAUAAUUUAGGUUAAUUUACAAAUAAAAUACUAGAUUAUAUUCAUUACAAAGUUUA